AUGCCACUCUUCCCCGCUUCGUCGGCUCUAGCAUGGAAAGCUGGGGCGCUUCUCAGUGAGUCCACUUCGCGCUCGAUCGACACCCCACAUCAUCGCCGAGCUAGUGAGGAUCCGUCCUCGCAAGGCACUGACCAUCCCAUCGGCUCUGUUGAAAUAUCAGGUUCGACAGGAAUCAUGGCUGGAGCAUUUGGAGCCCAUGCACUGGCGCCUAGGCUGGGAGAAAAGACCGCCACAUGGGUGAGCACCUUAUGUGCUGCCUUGCACGGACCAAGAGCAGUAGACAAGUUUGAGCUGACCAAGAGGACGAGGUGCUUCAUCUACCGCUAGACCAUGGCUAGUCAUUACGCGAUCGUCAAUGGAGGUCAGUCGGGGCUUCAACGAUCGGUAUACAGCCAUGGCGGCCACGCAGUGCACGGGACUGAUCUCGUUCGAGCCAUGGAUCCUCCCUCGCAGUGGCCUUGUUGGCAAUCUCACAACACCCCAUCUACAGCAAGCGAUGGAGCGCACCCCUCAUUAUCGUGGGUACGACGCUCUUCUCCGGAUCCAUCUUUGCGUUGCUGCUUUACCGAGAAAAGUGAGUGCUGCCACCGCUGCCAGCCAGGUCACGUGAGCGCUCAGCAGUCAGAAUCUGACUUGAUCUGUUCAAUUCGCACAAGGAUGGGCGCGUUGACCAAGAUUGUCGGUCCAGCAACUCCGCUCGGAGGCUUGCUCAUGAUUGGCGGGUAUCUAAGUCUUGUAGGUCCCUGUGCCUUGCACCUCACCCCGGACUAA